GAGUUCACCUUGGCUCCCGAAGAGCUCCAAGUCUAUAAGGUCUUAGGUACUGAAGAGUCCUUGCUGGAGUACAAUGCCCAUGCGUCCAGGUUUGCUCGGCCGCCGGACUGGAACGAUUGGAAAGCCAUGUACACUCAAUUCGACUUGGAGCACACUCUGGGGACGGUGCCGUACCGCUGGGAGCAGCAGAACCAGGAGGGCGAGGAUUACACCCAUGCCAACCUUGUUAAGGCUAGCCGCACCGAUGGGGUGGAUGGCGCUUAUGUGAUGAGCUUUGGGUUGAGGUCUCCUUUGCAAAGCCGCUCCCUGUGGUCCUUGCGUCUGGCCCCGCCUUCUGGGAUGCCGCCCUGCCGGGCCGCCGGAAGGCUGAGCUCGUGA